CUUAGAUAAUUCGUUAUCACGAGAUUAAUUUAAGGAAUUAUCGAAACAAAUUAUAAAAUUGUUGAGCAUUACUUAAUUGUAUUCGGCCAUUUCAAUACGUACAAAAUGGCGAAUAAUCUGAAAAGUUUGUUCGUUUUUUGUUUCUCUAUAUAUGUGGCGCUGGCAAAACAUGAAGUUUACGAAGGUUAUACAGUGUACGAGGUGACAGUACAGGAUGCUUACCAGGCUGCUUUCGUGAAUCAGCUUGAGAACCAGAUCCCCAUUGAUAUGUGGAUGCCAGCACAGCCCGAGUACCCUGGCCAGUUCUUCGUGUCGAAAGACUACAAGUUUCAGUUCGAAAUGUUGUUGCAAGCAGCUCAAGUGGAAUACAAGAUUACCAUCACUAACGUCAAACAAGAAUUGGAGAGAGAAGAACAACUUCUGUCCUCAGCAGUAUCCAGGCGGUCGAGUAAUAGAUCAUCAUCUGGCCUCAAUUUUAACGAAAUUCACAGACUUUCAGUUGUGGACGAUUACCUAGAUCGGCUGGGUCAAGAGUACCCUAACCUCGUCACGGUUGUGAACGGUGGAGAGAGUUUUGAAGGAAGGCCGAUCAAGUAUUUAAAAAUAUCCACAACGAAUUUUGAGACUUCAAGGAAACCUAUAGUGUUCUUGCAGUGUCUAUUGCACGCUCGUGAAUGGGUGACUUUACCAGCUUGUUUAUAUGCCAUCGAAAAGUUAGUUAUUGAUGUCAGUGAGCCUGAUCUAGUGAAUAAUAUCGAUUGGAUCAUUAUGCCUGUUGCUAAUCCCGAUGGUUAUGAGUUUUCUCAUAACAAUAACCGUUUCUGGAGAAAGAACCGGGCCACUGGCUUUAUGGCUGGCAAUUUAUGCAUGGGCGUCGACUUAAAUAGAAACUUCGAUAUAUUCUGGGGAACCGCCUCCAGUGGCAGUGUCUGCAGCGAAGUCUUCCAUGGCAGAAAUGCUUUCUCCGAACCCGAAACUCAAGCAAUUCGAAGGAUUUUACAUCAAUACCCAGACCGCAUCGAAAUGUACAACGAUAUUCAUAGUUUCGGGAGUAUAAUCUUGUUCGGUUUCGGUAAUGGAGAACUGCCUCAGAAUGCUUUGGCCCUGAAUUUCGUAGGAGUAACUAUGGCCCAGGCUAUUGAUAGAGUUAAAUGGUCCUGGAAGCCAGAUUAUAGAGUUGGUAAUAUUCAGCAUAUACUUUAUGCCGCUUCUGGUGGCUCUAGUGACUACUUCCAGGCCAGUGGUGUACCUCUGGCAUUCACCUACGAACUGCCAGCAUAUAGGAAUAUUCAAGGGCAAUUGAACGGAUUUUUGGUAGAUCCAGAUUUCAUUGAACAAGCUGGCUUUGAGACUUGGGAAGGAAUCAAGGCUGGAGCACGUCUCGCUGUUGAUAACUACAGGAAGAGGAUGGCCGUGUAAGAAGAACGAAGAUACUGAUUUGGUUUUUGACAAAUCAACGAUAACUUACUAAUUCACUAUACGCAUGUCUUAUAAAUUACCUAUAGUUUAUUCACAAUAAAUAUUAGUAUUAUUGAAAUCCUAUGUAGUUAUCAAAUCACCAUUCGGAUGAUCCAGUUCAAAUGCGCUCCUUUUUAAAUUUCUUGAUAUCUCCUAAUUAACUUGUUACUAAAUCUGUGUAAAUAAUUAGUAAUAUUGUGUGACGUGUCAUUAAUAAAGUGUCUCAAACAAUUGCGUAUGCUGGCGUUUUUAGACCCCAUCCUGAAUCAAAUACCAACUAGCAGAACUGUUGUAUAAUGUUAAACAAAUAUUAGGUAUAUUGCAUUUCAAAUGAG